CGCGCGUACUGAGUCAGGAAGUGAGUGGCGGAUGAAUACAUGUGCACUUCUCGCCGAGUCCACAGCCAGAGCCGCACCAGCGAACGGGCAUCCCGGAGAGACCUGCGUUUAGUCUAGUCUGGAGAUUAACACGUUUUUUCCCUACAAACAUGGCCGACCAGUUAACAGAGGAGCAGAUCGCAGAGUUCAAGGAGGCUUUCUCCUUAUUCGACAAGGAUGGGGACGGCACCAUCACGACCAAAGAGCUGGGCACAGUUAUGCGGUCGCUGGGUCAGAACCCCACGGAGGCAGAGCUGCAAGACAUGAUCAAUGAGGUGGAUGCUGAUGGAAAUGGAACCAUAGACUUCCCAGAGUUCCUGACAAUGAUGGCCAGGAAAAUGAAGGACACAGACAGCGAGGAAGAGAUUCGUGAGGCUUUUCGGGUAUUUGACAAGGAUGGCAAUGGCUACAUCAGUGCUGCAGAGUUGCGUCACGUCAUGACAAACCUGGGUGAGAAGCUGACAGACGAAGAGGUGGAUGAGAUGAUCAGAGAAGCCGACAUAGAUGGAGAUGGCCAGGUGAACUAUGAAGAAUUUGUACAGAUGAUGACCGCAAAGUGAAGCCGACUCCUCCUGCCGUGCCCUCUUAGAAGAGAAGAAAAAAAUCAGUCAAAUGUUUUACUUACCUCUUGGGAAAAAAAAUGUUUAUUUAUUCAUAAUGUUUCUGUUUAAAAAUAAUUGAAUGUUAAAAUAAAGUAUCCUUCUGUCCACACAGAAAAUAAUGGAAAAAGUCAAAUAUCUGCAUGAAAUGGUUAGUGAUCCUGUCCCCAAAGAUCAGUCUAGUAUCAAUUAUUCGAGAAAAAUAACCUGUAACUACCUUCAAACUGAAGAAAAACAGCAUUUGGUGAACUCCUUAAGUUCCAUCUGCUCUUGAUAAUGUUUGGGCUGGCCAUCCUCCUUUUGUUCUCUCGUUUUUUUCUGUUCUUCAUGCAUGCAGCUUGAGCCCGGAGCUCAUUCUCCAGCCAAUCAGAGCGUGCUGAGUCCACUGAAGUGUUGUAUUGUGGGGUUUUGUAAUUUAAGAGGAACCACAAGUAGAGAGCAAGCUUGUAAAUUCAAGUUUCCAGUGGAAUGGGGCUUUAAUGUAUUGUGGGGGAUUAAAAAAAGUAAAAAUCAAAAACAAGAAAAAAAAAAUCAAAAAUGACAAAAAGUAGAAAAUGUUUGGCAUGAUUUUGUUUAUGUUUUUUUUUGUUUGUUUGUUUGUUUGUUUCCUUUUUUUGUCAAUUUUUUUUUUGUUUGUUUUAAUGACUUUCUUUUCCUGGACGGCCGUCUCGCACCAGGGUGGAGAUGAUUGAGGGAUGUUGUAGGUGUUUGGAGGAGUGUGGCUGAGCCUUCACUUUUCUGUCCUCUGUUUCGGUGAAUUCUCCCCUGCGCCGCUUCUGCUGCGGGAGUUUGCACUCCACUCUUCAGUUUGCAUUCAUUCCAAGUUGUACAUGCUACUGUUUUAAUAUUUUCUUCGAAUAAAGUGACCAUGUACUUUA